UCUAAUGGACAAUCCUCCGCAGCCUCCACCACCAUGAGCACCCUCCGCAAGCUCAAGGCAUACGUCCUAGGCGGCGACUCGGACCAGUCCGCUGAGCUCAAGGCCGCCGACAUCCCCGUGUCCGACGCGGACUGCAGGACCUGCGGCAUCCCGUGCGACGCAGGGCACGAUGAAUAUCCAUCAAGGUUCGAUGUAGACAUGGAGUCGCAGAUGCUUGGCUCCGUAAAGCCCUACCACCGCCAGCUCGUCAUAUCCACCGGGAAAUCAGACUGGGAAAAAGAGGUGACGGAAGCUGAUGGCACCCUCGCAUUCUACCUCGAUGCCGCGCACGGCGAUGCUCCGAAAAAGGGGAAGAAGCCGCCGCCAUCCGGCAGCGAGAACGCGGUCCCAGGCGUGUACGACUCGUCCGCGACGAGAAAGGUGACCAUUCUGAAUGGCAGCCACAACACCGUCUGCGAGGACCCGAUGCAGGACACAGUGCUCGUCUUCCCUGACUACAAGGUGGUCACGGAAGUCAUGUGCUCGGAGGAGGGAGCGAAGCAGCUGUGGAAGUCCCUUGAGCGGGACGGGCCUGCCCCUGCAGAAGGCAGCCAGGUGAAGACAUGGGUGCUGCCGUAUAAUUGCGUGAUCACCAUCUGCUCCCACAAGCGAAGGGACAACCGCUGCGGGAUCGCCGCCCCAAAGUUAGCGCACACUUUCCAGGAAUCCCUCGAGCGCGCAGGCUGGGAAGUGCACACGCAGCUCGAGGACCCAUCGUUUUCCAGCACCGCGUUCGAAGACACCCCCGGCACGCCCGCAGAGAAGGACACCGAGUUCCGCCGCCGCCUCGAGGCCGUCGACUCCGCCGACCAGAAGCGCAUGCUCAUCAUCCGCAAUUCUCACAUGGGCGGGCACAAGUUCGCCGGCAACGUCAUUAUCAAUACUCCUCAGGGCUCGUGUGUCUGGUACGGGCGCGUUACGCCGCACGAGGUGGACGCGAUCGUGAAGGAGACGGUCAUUGGUGGGAAGAUCCUCCCGCCUCUGCUACGGGGCGGCAUCAACCUCUCUCGUCCUGGCGCUGCGACGCUGCACGAUUGGUAACGUCAUAUACCGACUUCCCUCUUGUACACGUACAACAGACUAGAGAUAUAUAUAUCGCUCGGGGUCGUUU